CAGACCUUCCUCCAGUGGAUCUUUGGGUGACAUCAUGUGGUUUCUUGCAAGCAUCUGUGCGGUCAGCGACUACAUAGUUGCUGUAGUACAAACCUAUGUACCAAUGUCACAGGAUACCAAAUCUGCAUUGUUCAUAUGUGAACACAUCUUUUCAAUUGUCUUUAUAUUUGAAACUUUGGUGAAGUGGAAAGAUGCCUUCAAACUUUUUUGGAGGAGCUGGUUGAACGUUGCAUAUUUCGGGAUGGUUCUUGCUCUCUUUGUGGGACGCAGGGUAACCGAUCGCUAUGCAGUGACUUUUGUCAUUGUUUUGCGCACGACUCACAUUUACAGGUUCUUGCCAUUUCGUGAUGAUUUAGUGAAGGAAGCUCGGGCGAUGAUGAAAACCAUGACGGAUCAUCGCAUGAUGUACAUGUCAUUUAUUGUCUUUACAUUGGUUUAUGCUGUCUGCGGAGUGCACUUGCUGAAUACUUCACUUCCAUCUGCGUUUGGAAGCAUCCCUGCUGCGUUGUACACAUUGUCGGCCUGUAUGACGCAAGAUGGAUGGGGAGAUAUUUAUCAGAUGUUUACUGAGGACAUGGAUGCAGACACAUUUCUGGUGUUUUUGUACUUCGCCAUCUAUGUAUUCUUGUGCAUUUUUAUGCUUCAAUUCAUCGAGUAUAUGCUGCACCAGAAUUUGAAAAAAAUCAUGAAUCCUCCCACAGAUGAUGAUGAUGAGUCAAAGGUGGUAAAAGAUAUCAACAUCACCAGGGGACAUUUGAAGGACGGCUACCCAAAAAACCUGACACACAAAAGUUACGAGGAAUUAGUCUUGAUCGUUGCGGAAAUGAAAAAGAAGGCAGAAGAAAGUCUUCAGAUUAAGAAAGAGCUAGAAAAGAUCUUGGAGGAGAUUUCUACCUAUGCAGAGACAUCAGAACCAUCAGGGCCAGAAACGUCUGAUACAUUUCUGCAGAGUUUUACUGAGCGUUUGGCCACUGAAGACAUACUCACCGCUCUCCUUGACCUGGACAAGGCACACGCUUCAGGCACUGGUGAAGAGUUGGAGCUCAAAAUAUAACUUUAUUUGUUUUAUUCUAGUGUUCUCAUUUCUUACUUGUUAAGACUUGUAGUUAUAGUUAUAUAAUGAUUAGUAAUAAUUAAUUAAAUGAUUUAAAAGAA